AGCAGCAACAACACCAACAACACCGCCAUCAACAACAACAACAGCAGCAGCAAUUACAACCGCAACCACAGCGGCAACCACAGGAACUUCAAAGAGACAAUCCCAAUGUAACACAGAAGCGUGAACCUGCUCCAAAGAAAAGCGUACGACCCCAAACAUCAGACAGUUACAGUUCCCAUUCAUCAAAUCCACACAACAAACCAAUCAGUGCGUCCACUGACAGUGGAGAUACUACCAGCGGGAGAGAGUCCACGUCUGUAAUUGUAGGUACCAUAAGUACCUCACUAGGACCCCCAGGAGAUGCUGCACCAACUGCUACUUCUCCAUCUUCUAUUCCCAGCCUUCAAUUGGUUGCUCCCAGAAUAGUUUCAUCUCAUUCUCCUCAUCUUCCCUUGACUAGCUCAAGCUCAACUCUGUUCAUGCCCACUCCUGGAGUUAUCGCCUCGAUCGGUAGAGCCUCGCCAAAUGUGGGAACUGGACAGCCAGCCCAAGUUUAUUUCCGACCUUCGCUUUCCGAAUCAACAAAGCCUGACACACCACAUUCAAGAUCACCCCAUCCAGAAACCAUAUUUCCUGGGUUGGUUUAUCCAAGAGCUGUGGAUCCAAGAGUUUUACAGUCUGAUCCAUCCCAUCUGAGACCUUCAUUUUUGGUUUCCUCCCGUCCAGGGCACCCGCAUUCAGAGGUGCAUCCGCUUUACCAGGGACCUGCCUUACCUAAGCCUCUGGAAUAUAGUGCGGAUCCCCCACACUCUUCUGCUUUGCAUCCGUCAUCUUCCAGCAGUAGUCUUUCAAAUAAAGGGGUUCUACAGGCAGGUUCAUCUCACCCUAUAUCUUCACAUCCAGGCAUUUCUCACACUGGCAAGUCACAUGUAGGAGAUUCCUAUGGACACUCAUCGCACUCAUCAGAAUCAAGCCACACUCCAACGAGCUCUAUAUUCUUUGCUUCCUCUGGUCCACCUGUCAGUGUAAUUAGUAAUCGUGUGCCUGCUCGUCCAACCAGUAAUUCGCCAGUUCCUGUGGUACCACAAACUUCAACAGACCAGAGAGACCAACCUCACAGUCAAGUACCAAUAAUCAGUGAACGAUCCAAAGGGCACCCUAUCAAGUCGCCGUAUCCAAAUACCUAUCCAAAGUAUAUACGUGGUGAGCCAGCCAGCAGGAACAUUUUAUCAGAUGAUGGUAGAAAAGAUAUUAGUCCUGAAGUGUGUGGGGUUUCUGAAAGGUCUUUGUAUGCAAGUGAUACACACAAGCCAGAUGUAAUUGUCAUAGAUGCAGAUGACCAGAAAAAGAGGAUGGAAGGCCUUCAUCGGGUGGAGACUUCAGAAGGAAAACAAGCGUCGAGCAUGUUAAGAAUGCUGGCAUCAGGAGGGAGUGUUCCUACAUCUUCAGCAGAGCACAUGCCACAAGUGACUGAACCAGUGAGACCACAAAGUCUUCCACUUUCGUCCGGUAACCGUGUUAUCAGCCAUACUGAAUUACGGUCACAACAAAGUGCUACUCCACCAGGCAGUUUGGCUAGUCGUCAGCAAACACUGAACCCUCCGCCACCACUCAUACAAAUGUCAUCUUCACGGGACAAGAAGCAUGUUAUGGCACAUGAUUUGGCACUAGUACCUUCUCGUUCAAGGGAGGGCUUGUCGCACACUGAAGCCCACCAUGAUCGCCAUGUGCAUGUGAGCCAGGAAACCACUGUUGGUAGAGAUAAGUCAAGACACACACAUACGCCAGUAGACAAUAGAGGUGGUGAAAGGGAAAAGCGAGUACCAGUGGUAGAGACUGUUGAUUUGACAAGGGAUAGAGAGGUAAGCACCUCAUCCCUUGCUAGGCCAACAGCGAGAUCACCCAGCAUACCAUCAUCUGCUCGUGCCACCCUUCAAGCUAUGGCAAGGUAUGCUCUAGCAGAGACAAGUAAUGUGGAUGUGACCGAGAAAAUCGAACAAAAGAAAAAGGAAGAUACGUACCUACCUCCAAGGCAGCCUGAUCCUAAACUGAGCGCUUAUGAGCAAAAUGAGGCAAUUCGGAAGUUCACGGCUCUUGGCAAUGUCUGUGUUUCAGCGCCUCGGGAGUUUCCCGGUGGUGGAGAAUAUCCCAGUCAGCCUUAUGCAUUGAUGGCAAUGCAAGCUCACCAUCAACCUCAUGUUCACCCGCAUCCAGCUAGCAGUUCGACCCCUCCACCUUAUGGUUAUCCGUUUCAUGCUGGUCAUCCAAUGGCAAGUUUUCACCACCACCCUGAACAUCGUUUUUUGGUUCCCGUUGGGGUACAUCAAUUACCUGUUCGUGAAAUGCUCCCACAGAGUGUGAAUGGUGAAGACCUGCCAAGUCAUUUGAAACUCAGUGGUGCUUAUCCUCACCAGUAUCCACAAGGAGCUGCAUACUACCCUACGCCAAGUGUGAGGUCCAUUGUGCCACCAUAUCAACAAAUAACUGUUUGUGGUCAUCGCUAUCCUGUAUCGUUGAGCGAGGAGAGACGCGCUCUACAUCAUCCACACGAUGUGCCAGUUAGGCGUCAAAAUGAAAUCUCAGAGCAAGAGCUAGCAAACCCUUUUGUUGUUAAACAGCCGAGGCAUAUGCACGGGCCAGGAAUGCCUGAACGGGUGGUAUCCCCUGAUGAGCUACCAAAGUUUCCUCUUCCAAGUCACUCACCAAAAGAACCAGCCAAACGUCCACAUACUAUUUCCCCUGAGAUGAAACCGCAGAUUGCUGCACAGGCCGAAGUAGCGAAAACUGUUUCUCCUCCGGUAGGAAACUAUCUUUCACGAAAACCUUCAAGGCCGACUUCUGUGUCCGAGAUGCGUAACCGAGCCGCUGUUAUUCCAGACUUAAAAGAAGCCAGAGGAGUUGGUCAAAAGUUCCCUGAUCCACAGCCUGUUGUUUUGGUGCCUAGUAGCAAAUUUUCUGGCGGGGAGAAACCUUUUAGGAGUGUAGAGGAUGAAUUCAUAAGAGGAGAUGGAACGGGCCAAGGAACCAAGGAACAGGCUAGAGAAGAGAAGGGAGGCCCUUUAGCAGAGGCACUACCGAUGUCUGCUUUUGACACUUUAGUUGAUGUUGCUGCAGCAGCCAGGAAAGUUGAUGUCCCAAUUGAAGAGCAUACGCCACAUAAAGGAACCACUGAAUUGGAAGAGACGCAUUAUUCUUCCAGUGCAAGAUUUGGUGGGCAUACUGUGGUAUCACCUCCAACAGUUGCAUCUCCUCCUCCUAGUUCCUCCAGACCAUCACCAGGAGAUUCUAGCACACCCCGAUAUGGAAUUACCACUGGACUUGUUCCCAAACCUCCACCUCUCAUGCCCAUUACUGGCAAGAGGCCCUUACAAGAAGGCAGUAGUUCCAGCUCUACUCCAAUCAGCAUCUCUAUUUCAGGCCAUGGAAAUGUGUCAGUGUCUCGGAGUCCAAGUAAACUUACAUCGCCACCUGGAACGCGAUCGACAAGAGCAUCUGUGAGCCCCGAUGGUCCUCCUCCACUGAUAUCUCGCCCAGCUAUAAGUCCCACUUCAACUGUCUCGCCACAGGGAACCAGCCCUAAAGGUCCACCUCCCUUGAUUAAAGGCAUUGUGCCUACGGUGCUGCCAGCUUUGAGGAAUCCAGAAUGUGAGGCUGACAGUACGAGAAAAACAAGAUCCAGCCUAGAAGACAUUACUCUUUUAAGAAGGCCCGAUCAAGAGGACAGUGUAUCUAGAGGACCGUUCCAAACGGGUAUGCAAAGUGUUGACGUGGACCUUCAGCGGAAAUUUGGUAUGCAUUUCCCUGAACUAGGACCAGCUUCCUCACAACGGGUUGAUGAUGACAUUACAAAGAAUCGUUCCUUGUCACCACAUGCAGUUGGGCAAGCCCAAGUAAGAACUAUUUUUGAAACAAUAACAUAUGUCGACUCCCGUCAUGCCGGGGGGCGCCAUCCAUCGAGACAUCAACUUAAUCCUUACCAGGCACUCUCUACUGGGGUACACCAAUCUGAGGAAUCCCCAACUUUAGCGACAUCAUCGAACACUAUGAGUACGGAAGAAGAAGACAAAAGAGAGAGUGAAAUGUCAAGAUCGCGGACCCCGGAGACAGAGCAAUAUAAAAAUGUGCCUCCGCAUCUUCAACCUGAACGUUCAUCAAAAGACCAAAAAGCGAACGCUGACCAAAAGGAGAAACAAAUCUGGCAAGAGAACCGAACGAUAUAUUCCUUCCAGCAGGAAUCACAAGGUGGUUACCACAAUGAUAAUUUCUCUUUGCCACAGAAUGAGCCGUCGGCAAGAGUGGAGAUCUCACAACAUGCGUCUGGCAGCGAGACAGAAGAAGGUGAUGAAGGGGAUGAGGAGACUGAAGAUGAGGUACCUCCGGUACACUCGUCUUCUGCCACUUUACACCCUCGGAUACGAGCUCUGACUAGAAGCUCUCAGAGUAAUGUUCAAUCGCCGUAUUACGAUGCUAGUGAUAGUGAAACGUUAUCUGCCGAGGAGUCAGAAGUUCUUCCUGAAAGCAGUGAUGAGUUGUUUCCAAGUACAACAGUGAAAUCAGGUACUCAAUCCGACAGUAGCUCUGACGAUGGAAAAGACGACGAACAUGAACGCAUCGCAAGUGACAGUAACGAUACUGCUGAUACUGGCCACGCUUCUGUUGAUGAUACGAAUGUUCCAGGUUCUUCAAGAGAUUACUCUGACGACGAAGAUAAAUGCGUACGCGAGAAGGUAACAAGCACUGGACCUCUCAGUUUGCAGGUAUUUGAUGUAAGCACAGAGGAACCGACAGUGGAUUCUCCAACUACGUCUACGUUUGUUAAAGAGACUGAAGAAAUUCUCGAAAGCCCAGAUGAAGAUGCAGAUGCAGAUGCAAAGGGAGAACGAGAAAUGGAAAUCUCUGAUGGUCAGGAAAUUAGAGAAGAAAUGGGUGCAGUUAUAGAUCAAGAAUGGAACUCUUCAAAGAGCUCUCCCAGUAAACUUGCCAUGGAGGACUCAGAAGCAUUACCUGCUCAGGAGUUUCUUAGUAUGCAGGUAGAGGACGCUGUGAGGGUAGAUUCAAGUGAGGACGGUCUGGUUGGAAGCAGUGAAACAGAUAAGGCAGCAAUUGUAUUGGGGGCGGACUCAUCAGAUCAACAAAGUCAACAAAUCACUCCAGACAGUUCCGCUAACCUUGAGAAUAGACCUGAUGGAAGCGUGACGUCUCCUCCGUUAGAGGGCAUUGAUAAUUGUGGCCAGAAUGUUCAGGACGAUGUUACUUCGAUGGUUGAAGGGGACAGCACAACAACUGCUCAGUCAGCGAUAGAAGUACAGGGUGAAGUUUUGCCUGAUAUAACCGAUGAACAAUCAGCAUGGACAUUGCGAAAAGAGGAAAAUGUUUACGAGUGCCCAAGUACUUCUGAGAUAGAAAGGGAAGGUGAGGUAUCCUCUAUGCUGGAUCAAGCAGACGAGGAAGACGAAGACAUCAAUGAAGCUGAUGCAUUAGAGAAAACAUCCGCGGAACAUGAAUUUCUCAUUGAGCCAGACACCUACAGCUCCUCAUCAGAAAAUCAUCACCCCGAAAUUAGUUCAGCAGUGGAUUGUGUUUCUGAUGAUGGCGAGCAAGUACCAUACGCUACAUUCGUUGGUGAGUACGUUCCACUGCCUGGCGGGGUGGAUUCACCUGACAUCAAAACUGGGUGCUCCACGCAUAUUCCCUCUGAAGAGGGCUCAGUCUGUGGCGAUAUGCCGCCCGAGAGGGAAAUGAAAGACGUAGGUCAUCUUGCAUCACCACAACAAGGAGAGCCGACUGAUGUUUUAAGUCCAGAUGAAGAAGCUCAUCACCCGGACGAUACACUUUCAGCAGGAGAGAUUCCGUCCUCACAGGAUAGUAGCCAAUCAGAAGACGAGCAAUUGUCGUUGGGAAAAAAGGUUACUUCAGGUUUAGCCAAUGAGCCUAUUAAUAUACUACAAUCCACCUGGCUUUCGGAGGAAUCACAUUCAAUAACUGAUCACGAGCAGCGCACGUCACAAAGUAAGGAAAUAGAGGAGGGAGAGAUUCCAGAAUCCGAGGACGAACCGACCGUGGAACCUUCUCAGGGGUCACCGUCAGACACAGUACGCGUCUCUAGCACACUAACAUGCGGAGAUGUGGGCACUUCUGCCGAAGAUAAAGUUUCUUCAAGCCAAGAAGUCACAUUGCAUACGGACUGUUACAUAAAUAUGAUCCCCAUUUCUCCCGCUCCGCCCGAAUCACCCAACCACGAGUCACAGGGUGACCGCACUUCUCCUCUUCCACCGUGGCUUCCAAUCGAAAGUCAGUACUCGCCAGUUGUUUCCUUGUCUUUGGCAGCACGAAUGACUUCCAAGGGAACCCCUUUCCCUUAUUCUACUUUGUCAAUCAACGUUGGCUCUGCAUCCAGCAGUGCUCGUUCUUCGCCUGUUCCUCAGUCUCUGGCGGUCAAUAUGGCCCAAGGCUCUAGCCCAAGCAGCGCGUCAUUGUUACCCAGGCCACAGGAACCAACCCCACUUCUUUCAGAUAGUUACGAACCUUUAAGUGAUGAUGGAGAUGACGAGGAGCUGGCUGACUCUUCGAAUAUGAGCGAUGAACACAAUAUUUAACACUGUGCGUUUGAAACUUCACCUCGUAUCAAAACAAAGCUGGUACAAAGCAUUCGUCUUGUUAAUAUGUAUGUUUAUAUUUUAUCGACUAGAUAUCUGAAUGAUGAAGAAUGAUUGACGUUGUAUUGUGAAUUGUAAUUAAAUUAGAUGUGUCACUUUUUGAAAUAAACACAAACUAAGGCUAUAACGACAUUCUACAUUAGUGUCCGAUCUCAUGAAAACUUUGUUUAUACCGAUUUGUAAUAAUUUACCAUGUUCCUGAAGUCACGACCCUCGUUUAGCAGCGUUUUCCUGUUGCCGAGACGCUCUGCCGACCAUGAUGGAGCUCUUGACUUCUAAAGGAAUUUUAUACAGCGGGCAAGAUGGCGCUAUGCUGUCCCUUCGGGAUUACGCACUGUGUCCCGCAAGAAACAUUUGUACGUGAUCCCAGAUAAUAAAUCCUUCAUCGAUCAAGCUUAACUACUUAUUAACCAAGAGUGAGGUCUUUACGAAAAAUCUCAGACCGAGCGUUUGAGGUUAAUAAAGUGUUUAUUGUA